UAAAUAAUUAAAUGCUUUAGAAAAAGAGAGGCAGCUGCUAAGCAGAUUAUUCGUUUUGAGUUGCUAGCAGCUACCCCGUCCGUACAACGCAACACGCCAAUGGACUGGAGGCGCUGGACUAAGAAUAAGAAGAACCACCACCACCCUCCGCCGCAGCUGCAACCGCGCUUGGAGCGCCUCAACGCCAAAAAAGGCAUCAAUUACCAAUCACCACCUUCUCCUCCUUCCCCUUCUUCUUCUUCUUCUCACUUGGAUCGCCAAACCAGCUUCCGCCUCUUCGGCUUCGACGGCGAAUUCGACCGCAUCUUCCAGACCCUGGGCCUCUCCGGCCCAGAAGACUUCUCCAUCCCCACCGCUGACUGGGAAGCCCACAAGGCCCGCUUAUCUGGGCCCACCACCAUUCCUCCCCCUCACACGCUUCCUCCCACUUCCCAGAUUCAAGACGAUGACGUUUCGGUUCCCGCUGCGGUUUCUUCUUCCUCCCCUUGGUCUUCCGGGGAGCACUACGUGGGCAGGGGCAGUGUCGGUAGAUUGAAUUUGAGACACGGCGAAAGGAGCGUGCUUUUCACCGAUUCCGAUUCCUUCACUACUUCACACGACGAUGACAGUGAUGUUGGUGGAGAGAGGGAGAGAGCGGGUCUCGCUUCUAAUUCUGCAGCCGCUGAUGAGUUGGUUAUUCCGUUUAACUCAUCCAACGAGUGGUUUAGACAGACUUUCGCUUCGUGGCAGAAAGGUGACGUCUUGGGAAAUGGGUCCUUCGGAACUGUCUAUGAAGGCUUCAAUGAUGAUGGAUUCUUUUUUGCGGUAAAGGAGGUGUCUUUGCUGGAUGAAGGUGGCCAGGGAAAACAGAGCUUUUUUCAACUUCAGCAGGAAAUAUCUCUUUUGAGUAAGUUUGAGCAUAAAAACAUAGUUCGAUAUUAUGGCUCAAACAAGGACAAAAGUAAAUUAUAUAUAUUCCUUGAGCUUAUGUCAAAAGGGUCAUUGGCAAGUCUCUAUCAAAAGUAUCGGUUAAACGAUUCUCAAGUUUCUGCAUACACAAGGCAGAUUUUAUGUGGCUUGAAGUAUCUUCAUGAUCAUAAUGUGGUCCACAGGGACAUCAAGUGUGCUAAUAUACUGGUUAAUGUAAGGGGGCAAGUCAAGCUUGCAGAUUUUGGGUUGGCAAAGGCAACAAAAUUUAAUGAUAUUAAAUCAAGCAAAGGCUCUCCAUAUUGGAUGGCCCCAGAGGUUGUUAACUUAAAGAAUCAAGGUGGUUAUGGGCUAGCAGCUGAUAUAUGGAGCUUAGGGUGUACAGUUUUGGAGAUGUUGACAAGACAGCCUCCCUAUUCUGAUUUGGAAGGAAUGCAAGCAUUAUUUCGGAUUGGCCGGGGUGAACCUCCACCUAUUCCUGAAUAUUUAUCUAAGGAUGCCCGGGAUUUCAUCCUUGAAUGCUUACAAGUUAACCCAAACGAUCGUCCAACUGCAGCUCAGCUAUUUUAUCAUUCUUUUCUAAGGAGAACAGUUCUAUCUCCCUGAAGUUUUGCAUCACCUCUAAAAAUUGGCACUGAGAACUUCCAAGUUUAUCCCCUAUUUUUCUGAACUUUAUCCAUACACAUCUUGGGUUUACUGGUGGAAUGUCUGGGACAAGUUUAAUGGGUUUUCAGAUAUCUGCUGGAGCUAGGACAAGUACAUUUCAAGGACUUCAUCUUAUCUUGCCAUCCCAUGCCAAAGGUUGGUUCAUUGAAAGGGAAGAAUGCAUUAUCAAGUGUUUCACAAAACUUUCACCUCUAUGCUAAACGAGAGAGCAAUGCCUUUUUUGAAUCCCAGUGUGGAUCUUGGUAUGACUGGAUUGGGGAAAUGCAGAAUUAAGGAGGAUAUGGACCUUUUCAUUUCCAACUGGUUGCUCUUUAUUCUACAAGGCAGAAGCACCCACCAGGAGAUUGCCAAGGCUAAGAACAGUUGUUGGUCACUGGUGCGAAGUUGUCGGGCCAUGUUGCUUGUACUCACUUGAUUUGAUCCUAUCAAGAGCUCAUGUUCUUGCAUAAAAAAUGUACAUCAGGAGCUCAUGCUCAUGUUCUGUUGAUCCUAUCAGCAGGUUGCUGAUAAUUGGUCUCAGCUGUGGCCUGCCCAACAUGUAAAUACUCGGGUAAAGCGCACGGGUGCAAGCAAAGUGCUGUUAGAGCAACAAUGCAAGUUGAAGUUCUGGAUUUUUUUCUUCUUCCCCUUAGCACAAUUAAACUGUAUAUAAUUGUAAUACUUUUUUCUUUUUCAAGGAAAUACCAUUCGUAUUUAUUUACCA